AUGCCGCCGUCAUUACCGUAUGCUGCCGACGUAGAGUCGCCCCUCAAGCCUGAAGAGCUGCAAGUCCUUCGCGCACAGUACGAGAAAGAGGGCGAAUAUGUUGGGUUGCAGACAAAGUUCAACUACGCAUGGGGCUUAAUCAAGUCAACCUCUCGUCCCGACCAACAAGAGGGCGUGCGCUUGCUUUCUGAGAUCUUUCGCAACUCGCGCGAGCGUCGGCGCGAAUGCCUCUACUACCUCGCUCUGGGUAACUACAAGCUCGGCAAUUACGCUGAGGCCCGACGAUACAACGAGCUCUUGCUGGAGCUGGAGCCUGCAAACUUGCAGGCUGGGAGCUUGAAGAGUCUCAUCGACGAGAAGGUUGCGAAGGAAGGGCUUGUAGGCGCCGCGAUUGUAGGAGGAAUUGUCGUUGCUGCGGGCGUGGUGGGGAGUUUGCUACUAAGGGGUGGCCCGCGCAGGUCGUGA